AUAUUCGGUAACCGGCUCUACGGCGUCCUCUACCGGCGAACAACAGGCAGUGGGAAACGAGAUUUUGCGGUGCGCGUAAUUUGCUUGAAAUUAGAUUUAAUCAGAUGAUUCUAUUAUAUUCUGUUCUGCCAAAUACUAUGGUUAACUAUCAUCUUUGGAACAAUAUUAGGUUUAAACUAAAUGUGUCUGAAUUGUUAUAUAGCUAAGCUUUACGUAAUUAUAUCAUUGUUUUUUAUAAUCAUGUAGUAUUUCAUAAUUGAUAAUAAGUCAGAUAUAACCUAAUAGUGUUUUGCCAGUUGUUGGUUCAGGCUACAAUAUUCCAGUUCCAGUUACCUCCAAAUGAUGGCGACAAAAUACACAAGAUGGCUCAACCAUCCAUCCAAUUAAAUGACUAUGCCUGCAUAUACUGAUGUGUCACUUCUUUUUUGUUAUCGUCAUCAUCAAUCCUAAUUAAAAGUACAAAUUGAUAGUAGCUGUAAAGUGCAUUAGUGUAAAUAUUGUCAGGUUGUCAGGUUGCUCUCCUUUCAACCAAUUAGUAACCCUGCAACUGAUAAGUCUGGUAGUAUUAAUCUAAUAUGCAUUUACCGUAGAAAAACAACAAAUCACAAUAGCCAGACUAGCGGUUUUAACUUUUGAUUCAUUAUGUGAUCCUAUUACUUGGAGUAUUAGACAAACAAUAUGCUAAUUUAAAUGUUUUUAAUAAGACAAAAAUAUAAUUCUUAUAAAUACAUAUAUUCUGUGGAGCGGCAACGCUGAGAACCAAAGAGCAGCAGAACUCCGAUCUCCAGAAGACACUGGUCACAACAAUAUUUACUCACUGGGCCCAUAGAGAUUACUCCUCCCAGGAACAGUGGUGGGAAUGUGAUGGAAGCGGGAAGUAUGUGUUAGUCUCUGACAGGAUGUGAGAAUUUAUGUUUGCCUUCCAGUGUAGCCACUUAGAAAAGAAGUAAAAGGAUGUUUCCUCUACUGACGAGGUCCAUACCCACCAGGUCCAUCGUUUACAGGAAUGCCACUCAGCGGGUUCAACGGUCAAACAUCUACAGCAAACCAGCCAAGGAUUCCAUUGGACCGAUGAUAAAUUCAACAAAAUAUGUUCAGGCAAAUGUAUUUAUGGCUGAGGACCAAGUUCAAUGUAUGACAGUGAGUCCCUUUUCACGCUGGCAACGUUUGCCGUGACGCUCCUGGUUCCUGCAGGAUGGAUCCUACACCAGAUUCCGGUUUACCGUCAAAGAUCGCCACCACCUCCCCCCUGACGCGGAGAUCAGUCCCACACUGAAGCCGAGAUGUAACUGAUGGGAACAUACAUGAUGUUUCCUGUUGCAUGCUAAUUAGUGAGAACGUGUUGCACAACUCUCCUAUAGCGUAUUGUUUUUUUAUUUAGAGUAUGCACCACAAAUGUAUUGCACUGCUUUCUGUAAUGACGCUGAGGGAGAAAAAGAACACUGAGUACACACAGGAAAUAAAUAACAUGUUGGAAUGGAUUCUGUCUGCGUUUAGAGAAAUCUAUUUGUUUGUUUAACCCAGGCAGAGGACUAUGUGUAGGUCAGAGGGAAGUUCAGGACCACACUCAAGUCCCAGGAUGUUGUGGAUAAUAUUUUGAUCGAAACCAUGUUCUGGCUUGAAUCUGAGAGCUGUGUUAAUCACAUAAAAUAUACAGGUAAUAUUUUACAUAUCUGUUCUUCUGAUAUAACAGUGGAGACUCCAUAAUCCAAUGUUUAUUGAAUCUACAAUCAUUCACAUUAACUCAGAAAAUACCAACAACGUCUGUAAAAUAGAGUAAUGCGUAGCCUACUAUGGUCAUUAGGUAAAGCAGAUUAAGGCAGUGUGUCAACAAUCUGUUGCAUAUGUUGUCCCAGCAAGCACGGCUCAGUCCAGUGAAGAGACAUACUCAUGGGUGAACCAUAUUUACCCCCCAUCAUUCUUCACCUUAAAUUGACUAUUUCUUGAAUGACAAUUUAUCAAAACCGGAGCAGUCCAUUUGGCAAGGUACGACGUUCAGUUCUGCAUCAAGAUUUCUCUCUCACCGGCAUCGAGGCUUUAACGCUUUCCCCAAUUCAUAAAUCGGUCUCAUGUCGCCGAACGCUUCGUGUUGGUGAUUGGUGCAGGAGCCACUGCGAACUGUAACACGUUCAUUUCACAAGUGGUACAAUCAAGCCGAGCUCGGAGCGAGGAAGGGGAGAUCACUUUUCACGACUGGAGGAAACACAGCGCCGGCGAGGAAACAAUUGACAGGGUGCUUUUCUCUUUCCCAUUCUAAAAGUGCUGUCCGAAAUGUCUACCAAGGCAGAGCAGUUUGCUUCUAAGAUACGGUACUUGCAAGAGUAUCACAACCGUGUGCAACACAAUAUUUACCCUGUGCCUUCUGGAACAGACAUUGCAAACACACUGAAAUACUUUUCCCAAACCCUACUCAGCAUUCUGUCCCGCACAGGCAGGAAGGAGACCCAGGAAGCUUCCAAUUUGGCCGUGCCCAUGACCAUGUGUCUUUUUCCUGUGCCAUUCCCACUCACCCCAUCUCUAAGACCACAAGUCAGUUCCAUCAACCCUACAGUUACUCGCUCCCUCCUUUACAGCGUUCUGCGCGAUGCCCCGUCUGGCCGCGGGGGGCAGGGGCAGCAGAGUCGGGACGCUCAGCUCUCAGAGUACCCCUCUCUGGACUAUCAGGGCCUCUAUGUGACCCUCGUGACCCUGCUUGACCUGGUGCCCCUGCUGCAGCACGGUCAGCAUGAUCUUGGACAGUCCAUAUUUUACACUACAACUUGCCUCCUGCCCUUUCUCAGUGAUGAUAUUCUCAGCACUUUGCCCUAUACUAUGAUCUCCACUUUAGCCACAUUUCCCCCUUUCCUUCACAAAGACAUCAUUGAAUACCUGAGCACCUCUUUUCUUCCCAUGGCGAUAUUGGGUUCGACUCGAAGGGAGGGGGGUGUACCCGCGUAUGUCAAUCUCUCUGCCUCCUCUAUGCUAAUGAUAGCCAUGCAGUACACCUCAAACCCAGUGUAUCACUGUCAGUUGUUGGAGUGUCUGAUGAAGCACAAGCAGGAAGUGUGGAAGGACCUGCUUUACGUCAUAUCCUACGGACCGUCCCAAGUGAAGCCCCCCGCCGUGCAGAUGCUGUUCCACUACUGGCCCAACCUGAAGCCCCCCGGAGCCAUCAGCGAGUACCGGGGUCUGCAGUACACAGCCUGGAACCCCAUCCACUGUCAACACAUCGAGUGCCACAAUGCCAUCAACAAACCUGCGGUCAAGAUGUGCAUCGACCCUACUCUUUCCGUUGCCCUGGGCGACAAGCCGCCGCCCCUCUACAUCUGUGAGGAAUGCAGUCAGAGGAUCGCAGGAGACCACCCUGAUUGGCUCGUUGACGUUCUCCUGCCCCAAGCUGAGAUAUCCGCCAUUUGUCAAAAGAAGAACUGUAGCUCCCACGUCAGAAGGGCGGUUGUCACCUGCUUCUCAGCUGGCUGCUGCGGGCGCCAUGGCAACCGGCCUGUCCGCUACUGCAAGCGUUGCCAUGUCAACCACCAUAGCAGCGAGGUGGGGGCUGCGGCAGAGACCCAUCUCUACCAGACCUCGCCGCCCCCCAUCAACACCCGGGAGUGCGGGGCGGAGGAGCUGGUGUGCACGGUGGAGGCUGUCAUCAGCCUUCUGAAGGAGGCUGAGAUCCACGCUGAGCAGCGGGAGUUUGAGAUGAACCGGCGUCGUCAGAUGGGGCUGUCCGCCUCCGACCACUCCCUGGACAACAUCGACUUUGACAACAAGGAGGACGACCAGCACGACCAGCGGCUGCUCAGCCAGUUCGGCAUCUGGUUCCUGGUGAGCCUGUGCACGCCCAACGAGAACACGCCCACGGAGAGCCUGGCGCGGCUGGUCAGCAUGGUGUUCCAGUGGUUCCACUCCACUGCCUACAUGAUGGACGACGAGGUGGGCAGCUUGGUGGAGAAGCUCAAGCCCCAGUUCGUCACCAAGUGGCUGAAGGGCGUGUGCGACGUGCGCUUCGACGUCAUGGUCAUGUGCCUGCUGCCCAAGCCCGUGGAGUUCGCCCGGGUGGGCGGCUACUGGGACAAGUCAUGCACCACGGUGACCCAGCUGAAGGAGGGCCUGAACCGCAUCCUGUGCCUGAUCCCCUACAACGUCAUCAGCCAGCCGCUGUGGGAGUGCUUCAUGCCCGAGUGGCUGGAGGCCAUCCGCACCGAGGUCCCGGACCACCAGCUGAAGGAAUUCCGGGAAGUGCUGAGUAAGAUGUUUGAUAUCGAGCUCUGCCCGCUGCCCUUCUCCAUGGAGGAGAUGUUUGGCUUCAUUAGCUGCAGAUUCUCUGGCUAUCCAGCGUCUGUCCAGGAGCAGGCUCUGCUGUGGCUGCACGUGCUGUCCCAACUGGAUAUCGUGGUUCCUCUUCAGCUGUUGAUUGGCAUGUUUUCCGACGGGGUCAACUCUGUGAAAGAACUGGCCAAUCAGAGGAAAGCAAGGGUCUCAGAUCUGACAGGCACCACUGGGGCUCGCAGGGUCAGCGUGGUGUCGGACCCCGGGCGCCGGGGGCAGCUGAACACGCUGAGCCCGUUCCCCAGUCCGUUCCGGAGCCCCUUCCACUCCCCGCUGCACUGCAGCCCCUUCAAGAACCUGGGCCACGCGGCGGGGACCUGCGCCCUGGACCUGGACUGUGACGACGACGACAUGAACCUGGGCUGCUUCAUCCUCAUGUUCGACCUCAUCCUCAAGCAGAUGGAGCUCCAGGAUGACGGCGUGAUGCUGGGCCUGGACAGCAGCCUGGGGAAGGACAUCGUGGGCAUCAUCAACAACGUGUUCCAGGCGCCGUGGGGCGGCUCACACACCUGCCACAAGGACGAGAAAGCCCUGGAGUGCAGCCUGUGUCACUCCAGCAUCCUGUGCUACCAGCUGGGCUGCGAGCUGCUGGAGAGGCUCACCCCCCGGGAGGAGAUCCGCCUGGUGGAGCCAACGGACAGCUUGGAGGAGACUCUGCUGCUGCCCCAGACAGACUUCUCCCUGGGGACGGAUGCCGGGACAGAGGAAGGAGACAACCCGAACGGAACGAGCACCGACAACGCCAGCAGCCACUCUCCAGAGAACCCCUCCACGAAGAGUAACUCUGAGAAGAAGUUCUCAUACCAGCAGCUGCCAGUGUCUUUGAAGCUCAUUUACACCAUUCUGCAGGAAAUGUCCAAGUUCGAGGAGCCCGACAUCUUGUUCAACAUGCUGAACUGCCUGCGGAUCCUCUGCCUGCACGGGGAGUGUCUGUACCUAGCCCGCAAGGACCACCCCCACUUCCUGUCCUACAUCCAGGAGAAGAUGAUCAUCCCCAGCCUGUGGUCCAUCCUGAAGUGUGAGUUCUGUCAGCUGGCAUCGCUGGCCGUGCCCCAGCUCCUCCACGCCCUUUCCCUCUCCAACGGUGCCGACAUCUUCUGGAACCUCAUCGACACGCACUUCAACAGCAAGGACUGGAAGGUCCGCUUCGAGGCCGUGGAGAAGGUUGCGGUGCUCUGCCGGUUCCUGGACAUCGGCUCGGUCACCAAGAACCACCUGCUGAAGUACUCCCUGGCCCACGCCUUCUGCUGCUUCCUGGCCUCCGUGGAGGACGUGAACCCGGCGGUGGCCACCCGCGCCCGGCUGCUCCUGGACACCAUCAAGAGGCCCGCGCUGCAGGGCCUGUGUCUGUGUCUGGACUUCCAGUUCGACACGGUGGUGCGGGACCGGCCCAUCAUCCUCAGCAAGCUGCUGCUGCUCCACUCGCUGAAGAAGGAGAUCCCGGCGCUCAGCUGGGAGUUCUUCGUCAACCGCUUCGAGACACUCUCCCUGGAGGCCCAGCUGCACCUGGACUGCAACAAGGAGUUCCCCUUCCCCACCACCAUCACAGCGGUGCGCACCAACGUGGCCAACCUCAGCGACGCCGCCAUGUGGAAGAUCCGGCGGGCCCGCUUCGCCCGCAACCGGCAGAAGAGCGUCCGGUCCCUGCGGGACAGCGUGAAGGCGCCGUCCGACGGCAAGCGGGCCUUCUCGCUCCCCGAGUCCCUCAGCAGCCGGCUCCCGCGCUUCCUCUCGACCUUUAACCCUGACGCUUCAGCCUCUCUCCUAGGCCAGACGCCGUCGCCCGAGGAAGACUCGGGCAUCCGGGACGUCCUGCCCGAGGACGCGGGCAUCGACCACCAGACGGUGCACAUGCUCAUCAUGGUGCUGAUGAAGUUCAUGGCCAAGGACCAGAGCAGCGCCGAGCUGGACAUCGGCAGCGCCAAGGCCUUCAACACAGUGAAGCGCCACUUGUACGUGCUGCUGGGCUUCGACCAGCAGGAGGGCUGCUUCAUGAUCGCCCCGCAGAAGAUGCGCACCACCACCUGCUUCAACGCCUUCAUCGCCGGCAUCGCACAAGUCAUGGACUACAACAUCGGUCUGGGCAAGCAGCUGCUCCCCCUGGUGGUGCAGGUGCUUAAGUACUGCACCUGCCCCCAGCUGAGGCACUACUUCCAGCAGCCUCCUCGAUGCUCUCUGUGGGCGCUGCGGCCGCACAUCAGGCAGAUGUGGCUCAAAACGCUGCUGGUCAUCCUCUACAAGUACCCGUACAGAGAAAUUGAAGGCAGUAAGAUGAUCCUGCACCUGAUCCACAUCACCAUCAACACGCUCAACGCCCAGUACCACAGCUGCCGCCCGCACGCCACCGCCGGCCCGCUCUACAGCGACAACUCCAACAUGAGCCGCUACAGCGAGAAGGAGAAGGAGGAGGACAGUGUUUUUGAUGAGUCAGACAUUCACGACACGCCAACGGGCGUUGGCAACAAGGAAUCCCAGACCUUCUUCGCCCGCCUCAAGAGGAUCGGGGGCAGCAAGUCGGUCAAGUACCAGCCGGUAGAGCUGAACGCCAAGAAGAGUGACAUCGAGCUGUCGGAGUGCCGCGAGGGGGGGGGUCUCCCGGACACCAUCCUGCACUGCGUGCGCGAGGAGAGCACCCGCAAGAAGCGUCUGCAGGCCAUGCACAAGCAGAAGUCCCUGGACAUCUCCAACACCGACUCCCUGCUGUACAACCUGGACGAGCACCGCCGCAAGUCCUGCAUCGACCGCUGCGACCUGCAGGCCCCGUCCACGGCGGCCCCCGCCUCCUCCUCCUCCGCCGCCGCCUCCUCCCUCCACAGCCGGCACCACCACCACCACCACCACCACCACCACCACCACCACCACGGCAAGGGCUCGUCCGACAGCUCCUCGGUCCGCGUGGAGGGCAGCGACCUGCCCAACCGCCGCUGCUCCCGGGACAGCGCCAAGCCCGUCAUCCCCGAGGUGCGCCUCAGCUGCAUGGAGACCUUCGAGGACCGGCCGGACCAGGGCACCUCCUCGGCAGGCUCGGCCCAGGGCAAGGGCGACGAGCAGGACCUCAUCGACCUGUCCUCCGACUGCACCUCCAUCCCAGAGAAGCACUCGCUGCUCUCCAUGUCGGACAGCGACUCGCUGGUGUUCGAGCCGCUGCCGCCGCUCCGCAUCGUGGAGAGCGACGAGGAGUUCGACCUCGACGCCGUCGUGGGCUCCCGGCUGAACGGCGGCGGCAAGAUCCCCGUGUCCCCGGUGAGCGCGGGCGCCGGAGGCUCGCGGCCGCUGUCCCCUCUGGUGCAGGUGAGCGUGGAGAACUGCUCCCACGGCGGGGGCAGCCCUCGCCCCGCGGCGGCGCCCGCCCUCCAGGCGGAGGCCGGUCCGGAUCAGCUGCGGGUCGCCCGGAAGCCGCGCGCCGUCAGCCCGUGCGCCUCCCUGGAGCUGCCCGACCCGGCGGACCACGUCUGCCACGAGAGCCCCAUGACGCUGAAGCAGAAGAGGGACCUGCUGAGGAAGACGCCGCACCUCCCCGACACCUCGCUGGACGACGCCUCCGUGUCCCUGGAGGGGGGCCCGGCGGGCGGGGUCGGGGCCAGCCCCUUGGCGCGGCCCACCGUCUUCCUGGACAUCCCGGAAGACGCGGCGGAGCCCGCCUCCUCGCCAGAGAAGGACAGCAACAACAACAACGGGGACGGCGGCGAGGGCGACGACGAGGAGGACGACGACAUGGCUGACGAGGGGGACAGCGACCCCAAGGCCGACCGCGACAGCACCGAGACCGAGUUCAAGAUCCAGAUCGUCCCGCGGCAACGCAAGCAGCGGAAGAUAGCGGUGAGCGCCAUCCAGAGGGAGUACCUGGACAUCACCUUCAACACGCUGGACAAGCCGGGCGAGCAGCCCGCAGAUGGCGAUCACAAGGUUCUGUCUGCCUUGGAGAACCCCCGGGAGUCAGCCUCCGCGCCCACCCUCGAGGCUGCUCUACCCGAAACCAGCCACCGCUCUUCAGUGUCAACCCAGUACCGCCAGGCCAAGCGUGGCUCCCUUGGGGCUCUGACCAUGAGCCAGCUGAUGAAGAGGCAGCUGGAGCACCAGUCCAGCGCCCCGCACAACAUCAGCACCUGGGACACAGGCCCCACUAAGACCAGUCUCCUGUCCGCUCCCAGCACCGUCAGCAUGUUUGUCCCCGCCCCCGAGGAGUUCAUAGACGAGCAGCCCACCACCAUGUCAGACAGGUGCCGUGACUGCGGUGCAGUGCUGGAGGAGUACGACGAGGAGACCCUGGGCCUGGCGGUGGUGGUCCUCUCCAUGUUCAUCCACCUCAGCCCCGACCUGGCCGCCCCCAUGCUGCUGGACAUCAUGCAGUCUGUGGGCAGGUUGGCAUCCAGCAACAAUUUCCCUGGACAAGCAGAGAGUAUGCUGAUCCCAGGGAACGCGGCGGGCGUGGCAAAGCAGUUCCUCCGCUGUAUGUUCCAUCAGCUGGCCCCCAACGGCAUCCUCCCCCAGCUCUUUCAGAGUAACAUCAAAGACGGAAGCUUCCUCAGAACACUGGCGUCGUCUCUGGUCGACUUUAACGACCUGAGCUCCGUGGCCGCCCUCAACAUGUUGCUGGAGGGGCUGAACAAUAAGAAGAGUCUGCCAGCAGGGGGCACUAUGCUGCACUGCCUGGACAACAUCGCCACCUUCAUGGAGGCCCUGCCCAUGGACUCCCCCAGCAACCUGUGGACCACCAUUUGCAAUCAGUUCCAGACCUUCCUGGCCAAGUUGCCCUCUGUGCUGCCUCUUAAGUGUCCUGUGGAUUCCAGUUUGAGGAUCAUCAUUUGUCUGCUGAAGAUCCCCACCACCAACGCCACGCGGAGCCUGCUGGAGCCCUUCUCCAAGCUGGUGAGCUUCGUCAUCCAGUACGGGGUCUUCAGCCUGUCCUACCUGGUGGAGCUGUGCGGCCUGUGCUACAGAACCUUCAACAAGGAGAGGGAUAAGUUCUACAUGUCUCGCAUUGUGGUGAUGGAGCUCCUGCAGGCCCUGAAGUUCAAGUCCCCUCUCCCCGACACAAACUUACUGCUGCUGGUUCAGUUUGUCUGUGCAGAUAUUGGAACGCGGCUGGCGGAGUCCACCAUCAUCCAGAAGCACAUGAUCUCAUCGCUGCCAGUGUGCUCGACGGCGGCGAUGGAGUGCAUGCGGCAGUACACCAGCGAGCUGCUGGACUUCAUUGCUGACAUGCACACACUGACCAAACUCAAAAGCCACAUGAAGGCCUGCUGCCACCCCCUGCACGAGGACACCUUCGGGGGCAACCUGAAGGUGGGCCUGGCCCAGGUGGCCGCCAUGGAGAUCAGCAAGGGCAACCACCGCGACAACAAGGCGGUGGUCCGCUACCUGCCCUGGCUCUAUCACCCCCCCUCCGCCAUGCAGCAAGGGCCCAAGGAGUUCAUCGAGUGCGUGUCCCACAUCCGGCAGCUCUCCUGGCUGCUGCUGGGGUCCCUGACGCACUGCGCCCUGUUCCAGGGCUCCACCGCCUGCAUGCCCAUCCCUCUGGACGCGGGCUCGCACAUCGCAGACCACCUCAUCGUCAUCCUCAUCGGCUUCCCCGAGCAGUCCAAGACGUCGGUGCUCCACAUGUGCUCCCUGUUCCACGCCUUCAUGUUCGCCCAGCUGUGGACCAUCUACUGUGAGCAGGCGGCGGCGGCGCCGGCCCUCCAGAACCAGAACCACAACGAGUUCUCCUCCAGCGCCAUCCUGACGGGCCUGGAGUUCUGGAGUCGCGUCACGCCCAGCAUCCUGCAGCUAAUGGCGCACAACAAAGUGAUGGUGGAGAUGGUGUGCCUUCACGUCAUUAGUCUAAUGGAAGCCCUGCAGGAAUGCAAUUCAACUAUAUUUGUCAAGCUCAUCCCCAUGUGGCUGCCCAUGAUCCAGUCCAACCUCAAGCACCUGUCUGCGGGGCUGCAGCUGCGUCUGCAGGCCAUCCAGAACCGCGUGAACCACCAGUCGCUGCAGGGCCAGGCCCCGGGGGCCCUGCCGCUGGCCCUGCGCAAGUGGCUGCAGUGCACCCAGUUCAAGAUGGCCCAGGUGGAGAUCCAGUCCUCAGAGGCCGCCUCCCAGUUCUACCCCAUGUGAGCCCCUCCGUGCGGCCCGCCCAGGGACUCCAGCAGGCGCCCACUUUGACCCAAGCAGAAAAAUGAAUCCGCAUCCAAAGACCCUUAAUGAGGAGGUCUGAAGCUGGAGAACCGCCAGAGAGAAGGGCCUUCAGGUUCAGGAGAGCGGUUCAGGAGAGCGCGCGGUCUUCAGGAGAGCCGACGGUCUUCAAGGUUCAGGAGAGCGGUUCAGAAGAGCGAACGGUGUUCAGGUUCAGGAGGGCGAAGAGCCUUCUGGUCCAGGAGUUUCCAGGAGGCAGAAGCAGUGCCAUAUCGGUCUAUCAGGUGCCAGAAUGUACAUAAACCAACCAGAAAUUGAUAUACCGAACAUCUUUAUGUUAUAUAUAACAGAGAGUAUCUGAGAUGUUUAUUCACUACGAGAUAGAUUCACACUGCGGUCUUCAUAACGUUGAACUUUUUAGAAUACUUGGUUGCAAGAGGAUGAAUAAAAGCUGUUUUUAUUGUAA